AUGACGAUCAAUCAGAACAGUCUAAGGUCAACGGCGUUGACUGUGUUGACGAUUGGAGUAACAAAGAAUAAGGGCGACACUCUUGUCUCCCCUACAGGCAUUUUCGAGUUAGGCUUCUUCAGUCCAAAUGGUUCUGCUAAUAAGUAUGUGGGGUUGUGGCACAAGAAUAUAUUCCCCCGUAAAGUAGUGUGGGUGGCCAACAGGGAAAAGCCCAUUGCAGUUACAGGCUCAUUGGCGAGUUUGAGAAUCAGCAGCAAUGGGAGUCUGGAGCUUGUAGAUGGGAAUCAGAAUUCUGUGUGGUCAACCAAUGUUACUAUACAGGUUUCAUCAUCUAGUACUAGUUCAUUUGCUGCAGUUCUUUCAGAUGAAGGAAACUUUGUUGUCAAAGAUGUUACUAAAGCUGGUCAAUCAAUAUGGCAGAGCUUUGAUUAUCCUGGUGACACUAUGCUACCAACCCAGCGGCUGGGAUACAAUACUAAAUCUAAAAAGGGCACUAUCUUGACUGCCUGGAAAAGUGAGAGUGAUCCAUCUAGUGGGAUAUAUACAGUUGAAGGCGGACGAGCGACAGAGGUGCCAGCACAAGUGAUCAUUUGGAUUAAUCGAUCAACUCCCUUCUGGAGAAGUGGGCCAUGGGAUAAAUCAAAGUUUAUCGGCAUGCCAGAUAUGGAUGAUCGAUAUCUUAAUGGAUUUGAAGUAGAGGAGAAUGUGGAACAGGGAACAGAGUAUUUCUCACUUAAAUUAUUUGACGCUUUCGCAGCAUAUAUAGAAAUCUCUUCACAAGGAAAACCAAAGCUUAUGUAUUCAGACAAUGGUAGGAACUGGUCAAUCUACUGGGAGACACUAGAGAAUCGAUGUGACAUCUAUGGAGCGUGUGGGCCUUUUGGGGUUUGCAAAGCUUCUGAAUCUCCAAUCUGCAAGUGUUUGAAAGGGUUUGUACCAAAGUCACACCACGAAUGGAGCAAAGGAGAUUGGACCGAAGGGUGCGUAAGGAAAACCGAAUUGUUCUGUGAGAGACAAAAAACGAAGAACUCAGUACCAUUGCAAGGAAUACAAGAUGAUAAUGAUGAUGGGUUCUGGAAGAUCGUUGGGGCAAAAGUACCAGAUUAUUAUGAGUAUAUCACAUCUUUCAAUGCUCAAUACACCCCAAAUGAAUGCAAGACACAGUGUUUAAAUAAUUGUUCUUGCUUGGCUUAUGCAUAUGUUAAUAAUAUUGGUUGUUUGGUCUGGUCCAAAGACCUCAAUGAUAUACAGAAGUUUUCCAAGGGAGGAGUUGAUCUUUAUAUUCGCCUAGCACGCAAAGAACUAGGUGAAGGAAAGCCAAUUAAGUUGAUUGCCAACCUUACAGCAAUUGGUUUAAUGAUUAUCUUGGUUGCCAUAGUGUUCGGUUUGCACAGGUUGCGAGCUAACCAAAAGGGAUCAAGUCCAACUUCUAGGGAUACUCUUCUAGAAUAUAUUGGAAAAUAUGAUCCAUCAGAGCUAUUGAUCUAUGAUUUUGAUACCAUGUCAACUGCUACAGACAAUUUCAGCAUUACAAACAAACUCGGGCAAGGAGGCUUUGGUCCUGUUUAUAAGGGUAUACUACAAGAUGGGAAGGAAAUAGCUGUAAAAAGACUAUCUAGUAGCUCAGGACAAGGCAUUGAAGAGUUCAAGAAUGAGAUGCUAUUGAUCUCCAAUCUUCAACACAAAAAUCUUGUUAGGAUGAUGGGUUGCUGCGUUAAAGAAGAUGAGAAGUUGCUAGUUUAUGAGUUCAUGCCAAACAAAAGCUUGGAUACGUUUCUAUUCGAUCCAAUGAGGAGAGGAGAGCUUGAUUGGGACAGACGCUUUAAUAUUAUUCAGGGUAUUGCUAGAGGGCUUCUUUAUCUCCAUCAUGAUUCCUAUGUGAAGGUAAUACAUAGAGACUUGAAAGUCAGCAACAUUCUCCUAGAUGAAAAAAUGAACCCAAAAAUCUCAGAUUUUGGAUUGGCACGAAUAAUUGAAGGAACACAGUGUGUAGAAAAUACUCAAAAGGUUGUGGGAACACGUGGCUAUAUGUCUCCAGAGUAUGCCAUGAGUGGGAUAUUUUCCGAAAAAUCUGAUGUCUACAGUUUCGGGGUUUUGGUAUUGGAGAUUAUUAGCAGCAAGAAGAAUAACAACUUCUUUUUAUAUGACCAACAACUAGGCUUUCUAGCCCAUACAUGGAACUUGUGGUCUGAAGGCAGGGGAUUGGAGUUGGUGGAUGAAGUAUUGGGUGAUUCAUAUUGCUCAUCAGAAGUAUUGAAAUGUGUACACAUUGGGCUUCUUUGUGUACAGGAUAAUGCUGUGGAUAGGCCUUCCAUGAAGGAUAUUGCUUUAAUGCUAAGUAGCAAGACAGAUGGUCCACAACCUAAGAGGCCUUUAUUCACUAUCCAGAACUCAUUUUCUCAUCCUCAACUACUGUAUGAACGUACCAAGUCCUCCACAAGUGAAGCUACCAUUACAGUGAUUGAAGGACGAUAA